AUGCUUGGCUUCCUCUCCUCUUUGCACUCCUUUGCCUUCGGGACGGUCGGUUCACCUCUCGCCGAUCGCGCCGACUCGGUAGAGGUUUCAGUAUUUGUGAAUCCAUGCCUGGGUGACGUACGUCGUGACGAGAGCGGAGCUCCCGUAGUGUGCAAUCCGAUGGGCAUCGAAUGCUCGGAGGACCCAUGUGACUCGUCGUGGAGCGAAGGAGAAGGUGACGACUCCCUUAGCCGAUUCUACUAUAACCCAGUAGAAGGCGACUGCUACCCGUUCAAGUACAAAGGCCGAAAAGGAAAUGAAAACAACUUUCUCACGAAGAAACUGUGUCAAGAGAAAUGUCAACCAAUUUCAACGGUCUGUUUUGGUGGCGAACUUCCACUUUCAUCGCCUAGUGGACGAGUUGUUCAGUGUCACAACGAGCCCUGUCCUGAUAGCUAUUACUGUCAUGUGGGCAAAGAUGACAAGUCUACUGUAUGUUGCGAGAAGAAAGGUGACCUCUCCUAUAUUUUCUUUUAA